AUGGCUACGACGGAGUUUGGCAUCGUCUACGCCGUCCACAUCAUCACUGUCCAGUUUGGCUCCGCCGCAUCGAAAGUUUGCGAAUGUCUUCUCCGUAGAGGACCUCUUUCCUCGCGAGACAUCUCUCGUUUAGCGGAAUCUGACAGUCAUAACCAAGUCAAGGAUAUUCUCUAUCUCUUGAUCCAGCACAAUUGUGUUCAAGCUUUCUCUGUUGAGCCGCCUGAUGGUUCAGAGAGCAAAGCUACAGUACAGUACAUUGUGCUGUUUAACAACAUUCUCCAUCGUGUGAGGUACAACAAGUUUUCGAGGGUUGCAAAAGAAGAGUUUGGCGACGAGAAUGUACAGUGUGUGGAAGUUCUUGAUGGUUUACUUAGUCACGGUAGGCUUACCUUAGGACAGCUGAUAGAAAGAGACAGAGAUUCAGGGAAUUCAAUAGGUCCAGAAGCGAUCAGUGAUUCUCUUCAGAAAUUGGUUGCUGCACGUUUCAUUGAGCGUAUUCCUUCUCCCGAACCUGUUCUUGGAAACAAAGAUGGGCCAGCUCCAAAGAAGAAAGGUGCUAAAGCUGCCAAGAUUUUUAAAGAACCGGAAAGCUUAGAGGAACGUGUUGUUGAAGCAGCAACUCCAGUUGAAGCAAUAAGGUUUCCACUUGUAUUCGAGCAAGAUCCAGAUUCAUCUUUGGCAGAUGACGAUAGCAACAUCACUGAGGGGAAGCGUAAACGUGAUGUCGAAUCAUCAAGUCAGAGCAAUGAAGUAAUCUGGCGUCCUAAUUUCGAAGAGUUCAUACGCCGCCUUAGACAUAAGGCUUGUGUGGAGAUAGUGAAAGAGCGUAGGGACGAAGCAUGUGCCACUGUCGUGAAGGCAAUGAUAGAAGUAGGAAGAUCUCAGGAGACGAAGGUGAAGACCGACAAGUCAGUUCCUAUAUCGAUGGGUUCCAUUUAUGGAGAGGUUAUAAAGACAAAAGCAGGCCGCACGAUGCUACAAGAGCGAGUUGAAGAAUGCCUUGAGCAGUUGAGUGCAACGUCUUCUUAUCUACCAGCAUUUGUGAUUGAAACGGAUGAUUCAUACAUAGUUGAUUAUAAAGCCAUUCUCAGCGUAGCACAGAAAGACGAGAUGGAAUCAGUAGUCAUGAGAAGAUAUGGGAAAGAAGCUUUCAGAAUGUUCAGAUACCUGUCACAGGAAGGUCGUUUUGUUGAGACUGACAAGAUUGCUGAUGCAGCACUGACUGAAAAGAAGGACACACCGCAAAUCCUUUUGAAGAUGUGGAAAGAUAGUUAUUUACAAAUGCAGAAAUUGGCGGUGACAGGUGUGUAUCUGCCCUUCCAAUUGUGGAAGGUAAACAAGCUGAUUGUGUCGAGGCAAAUGUUGGAUGAGAUGUAUCAUGCUUCCUUAAACUUGAGUCUCAGGUUGACACAUGAACUAGAUUCUGAGAAAGAGUUGCUGUUGCUUCCGACGACGAAAAUGGAAGGAGCAUUAAAGGAGAGAGUGAAUAAGAUCAGAGCCAAGAGGAUGUUUCUCUCUUCUGCUAGGUUUAAACUUGAUGAUGCCAUUAUGCUUUUUCAUGACUUCUAA